CAUAUCGCUCAUAGUUUAGUUUGUUCCAUGAUCUCCUUAUGACUACGUAUUACUCCAGAAAUUACUUCUCCGAUGUGUUGAUCGUUCUUACUUUGCUGUUCAUUGAAUACCAAUGAUUAUCAUGGAAUAUGUUACUCAUAAAACCUCCCCCUUCGGGGUUCUAUUGGCAGUAGUCUUGUCCCCGAUUAUUUACUUUAUCUUUCUAAUCGUGUAUCGUUUAUAUUUUUCUCCUCUAGCCAGAUUCCCUGGGCCCAAGCUUGCAGCUGCAACAAGUUGGUAUGUGUUUUAUUAUGAUUAUUGGCUCAAUGGCCAGUUUGUAUUUGAAAUCCGUAGAAUGCACGAGGUUUACGGCCCUAUUGUACGUAUCAACCCGGCCGAACUUUCGAUCCACGAUCCAAAGUUCUACGAUAAGCUCUAUGUUGUUGAGAGUAGACGCCGAACUGAAAGCUAUGAUGCGUUUUGCAAAGGUAUAGACCAUGAAGGAUCAUUCCUACUCACCAAGGACCACGACCUACAUAGGAGAAGAAGGAAGCCUUUUGAGCCAUUCUUUUCCAGAAGGGGGAUUACCUUACUGCAGUCAAUGCUUAGCCAGGUAACGCUACAUUUUGAAUCCCGCCUCCGAGAAUUUGAAGGCGGAAAGCAAGUCAUUCGGCUUGACCAUGCCUUCUCAGCUUUCUCGGGAGACAUCAUUAGACGGAUAUGCCUGGAUGUCAACGAUACAGAAGACCGUUUCCUCAAUGACACAGCCUUCUCACUUGAAUGGUACGAUAUGCUACAAGCGAUUAUACGUUCCAUUCCACUAUUCACUGGGUUUCCGUGGAUUAUUUACAUUGCCAAGUCACUACCUGAGCGCUUCCUUUUAUGGGUGUUCCCUCGUGGUCAGAUGUUUAAGAAAUUCUCGCAGGAAGCAACCCAGAGUAUUAGGAGAGCCAUGGCGGAUAUCUCUAAAGAAGAGGAGCAUAUUACCUCCGUAUUUCAUCAUGUUAUGAAGAGUGAUAUGCCGGAGUCGGAUAAAUCCGAAGAACGUUUGACAGGAGAAGCGCAAGUCAUGCUUGGAGGAGGGACUGUAACAACCGCACGCACACUCUCCUUUGCAUCAUACUAUAUUCUUUCUCGGCCGGAGGUCCAAUACCGCUUAGAACAUGAACUAAAAGACAUCAUGGCGGACUGGCCACAGAGAGUACCAACGUGGGCAGAGCUCGAGAGGCUGCCAUUUCUACAGGGAGUUAUCAAAGAAUCUUUACGCCUCGGCUAUGGUGUAAUGCAUCGACUGCCCCGCGUUUCGCCAGAUGCGCCUAUUAAUUACAAAGAAUACAUGAUUCCAGUCGGUACACCAGUCAGUAUGUCCGGAUACUUAAUGCACUCAGAUCCAGUGGUGUACCCGUCGCCAGAUGAAUUUAUUCCGCAGCGAUGGGUUGGAGAUGACGAUAAAGCAGUGCAUAGAAACUUCGUGCCAUUUUGUAGAGGCUCCCGAAGCUGCUUGGGAAAGAACUUGGCAAUGGCCGAAAUGAGCCUCGCUUUGGCAGUCCUUUACCGCCCUGGUGGCCUAAAGUUUGAGCUUUUUGAGACGGAUGAAAGUGAUGUAAAGCCAGUACAUGACUUUAUGAUCCCGCUUCCGAAGCUUAACACGAAAGGUGUGAGGAUAUUGAUCCAUUGAAAGAAGAAUCAUUGGUUCUAUCCUAAGUCUGCUGGGGCAUACGCGUACAUCCCCGAUAAGAUCCCCCGUUAUUGUUUUAGGUGGUAUGUAUUUUAGGCCUACCAACCUCAAAAUCCCGCAUCUACAUUAGGUACAUGUAGUAGGUAUCUAUGGUGUUGUAACACGUUGGAUAUAGUAGGUACCUACCUACAUAGCCUGGUACCUGUCAGCUUCAAUUAUUUCAUUGUGCUAAAACAAGC